AUGGCGGCCGCCGAAGCGGGCGCGGCCGAGGUGGUGUUCACCGACGCCGAGGAGGCCCGCCCGGUGCUGGAUCGCCUCCGCAGCUCCGUAGCGCAGAGCCUCGACGACAGCGGCAGCGGUAGGUACCGCGUGCGGGGGUUCACGUGGGGCCGCCUGCCGGCCUUCCUGAUGGACCCCCACACGCCGCCGCCCGAGGUGCUCCUCGCUGCCGACUGCCUCUACGACUCCUCCCAGUUCGAGGACUUCGUGGCCAGCGUGAGCUACCUCCUGGGGCGCGACCCGAUGUCCUUUCUGCUCAUGACCCACCACGAACGCAGCGAGAACAGAAACAUAGGAGCGCUGCUGCGCGAGUAUGGCCUGCGCGCGGCUGUGGUGCCGCUGGAGGCCUUCAUGGGUCCGACCGACAUCAGCCAGCUAUCGGCCCACAUCGAAUUGUUCUUGUGUUCGCCUCGCAAAACGUAUCAGCUCAACACCAACCACGGCCUGCCCUUCAUGGAAACGCGUAAGCGACACAGGGCUUCCGCCCCCUCGCCCCAGCCGCCCACCUUCAUCCAGGAGGUGGGCGAGGCCCCGCCCACUCCGGCCGGCGCCAGCCCCCUCCUGGGCGCCUCUCCUCGGGCGGCCGCCCGCGGCGACCCCGAGACCUCGUCAUCAUCGAUUCGGACCGUCGUGAGCGGCCGCGCCUUCGACGAGGUGGGUUGGGUGAGCCUGGUGGCGCUCAUGAUCGUCCUGGGGGUGGUGGCCAUGGGCGCGGGGGCGUGGGUGGCGUCGGGCCACGAGCAGCGGCUACGCGACAGCUCGGGGAGGUACUCCUAUGCGAACGCGCCCCAGCACGAGCCCGUCAACAACUGCCCUGAGGAGGUGGCCUGGGUGCCGGUCACAGAGCUGGAGGCGCUACGCAAGUGUUAUAGCGACAAGGGGUGGGCAGAGCAGGAGCUGUUCAGGCUGGAAAAACAGCGAGACGGCUAG